AUGCCUAAUAUCUUUAGUUUAAUCUGUAUCUGUCUUAAUUCUGCCCUUCAGCCGAGUGGGUUUUUCUUCGCAAAAUUGCCCGAGGCUUAUGCUUUUUUGAACCCAAUCGUGGAUUUUAUGCCGGUCAUACCUGUGCUCUUUUUUCUCUUAGCCUUUGUGUGGCAAGCUGCUGUAAGUUUUCGAUGA